AUGGCGAUCGGGACCGUGCGUUCGUUGACUCUGCUGAUGCUGCCGGUCUUCCUGCAGGCAGUUCUCGCCCAAGACAUACCCUACUACAUGCACCGGUGCGAACGGGAUGCGGCGGAUGUGAACGAUUGUCUGAGGUACGCCGCCAACAAGCUGGCGGGCUACAUAAGGCGUGGAAUCCCGGAGAUCGGUAUCGUUGAUGUGGAGCCCGUGGUGGUGGAUGAGAUCAGCAUCGCGCUCGGAAGUGGCCCCGAUGGUUACCGUGCCAGCUUCCGCAAUAUCGAGGCGUACGGCGUCAGCAAUCUGUCGAUCGUGAACGUGCGCUCCGACAUCGAUUCGAUGCAGUUCCAGAUGACGAUCGAGAUACCGAAGAUCAAAGCAUCGGCCCAGUAUCAAUCGUCCGGGGUGUUGCUGCUGAUCCAGGCAUCCGGUGCGGGCGAAUAUUGGGGAGAGUAUGAGGGCGUUAAGGCAAAGACCUACUUUAAGGCGACCCCGUAUCAAGGCGAUGAUGGAAUGACGUACCUAACGGUGGACCAGACGAAGAUGGACUUCAGCGUAAAGGAGAUCAAGAUGGGCGUGGAAAACAUCGCGAACCAGAACGCGAUUAUUCAUGCCGCAAUGAAUCUGUUCAUCAAUACGAACGCGCAGGAGCUGCUGAAGGAGAUGAAGCCCCAGUUACGGACGAAGCUGACCGAACAUUUGCACUCCUUCCUGCAGCAGCUGUUUGAUCGCAUACCGGUGGAGCAGUGGCUGGAUUGA